AGUGCUCCCAAGGACAUGAAUAAGCAACCAGCCAGCAGCCUGGAGGCCGCGUCGCCGGGCCACUGGGACAGCCCGCGCGCACCCAGGACGAGCCCGGAGCAGGAGCUUCCCGCGGCCGCCGCGCCGCCGCCACGUGUGCCCAGGUCCGCGUCCACCGGCGCCCAAACUUUACAGUCCGCGGACACGCAAGCCUGCGAGGCCGAGCGGCGGGGAGCCGGCUUCUGCGCGCUCGGUAGUCUGCAGGCACAGGUGGCCUCGGCGGCCCUGCGGGACUUGAGCGAAGGCGCGCAGGCCGCCCAGGCUCCUAGUGUUGCCGGGACCGGCAACGCGCUGCACUGUAAGAUCCCGGCUCUGCGCGGCCCGGAGGGGGACGCGAGCGCGAGCGCGGGCAAAGGCACCCUGGAGCGGAACAGCACCGCGGCCGUGGGCUGGGUAAACAUGAGCCAGAGCACCGUGGUGCUGGGCUCGGACGGAAUCGCGUCGGUGCUGCCGGGCAGCGUGGCCGCGCCUGCCACCCAGGAGGACGAGCAAGGGGAUGAGAAUAAGGCUCGAGGGAACUGGUCCAGCAAACUGGACUUCAUCCUGUCCAUGGUGGGGUAUGCAGUGGGGCUGGGCAAUGUCUGGAGGUUUCCCUACCUGGCCUUCCAGAAUGGGGGAGGUGCUUUCCUCAUCCCUUACCUGAUGAUGCUGGCACUGGCUGGGUUGCCUAUCUUCUUCCUAGAGGUAUCCCUGGGCCAAUUUGCCAGCCAGGGGCCAGUAUCUGUGUGGAAGGCCAUCCCAGCUCUCCAAGGCUGUGGCAUUGCGAUGCUGAUCAUCUCUGUCCUCAUAGCCAUUUACUACAAUGUGAUCAUUUGCUACACACUUUUCUACCUGUUUGCCUCCUUUGUGUCUGUGCUACCCUGGGGCUCUUGCAACAACCCUUGGAACACGCCAGAAUGCAAAGACAAAACCAAGCUUUUACUCGACUCCUGUGUUAUCAGCGACCACCCCAAAAUACAAAUCAAGAAUUCAACUUUCUGUAUGUCCGCUUACCCCAACUUGACGAUGGUUAACUUCACCAGCCAGGCCAACAAGACGUUUGUCAGCGGGAGCGAAGAAUACUUCAAGUACUUUGUGCUGAAGAUUUCUGCUGGAAUUGAAUAUCCUGGCGAGAUCCGGUGGCCACUAGCCUUCUGCCUCUUCCUGGCUUGGGUGAUCGUGUAUGCAUCCCUGGCUAAAGGAAUCAAGACUUCAGGAAAAGUGGUGUACUUCACGGCCACGUUCCCGUACGUCGUGCUGGUGAUCCUGCUCAUCCGGGGAGUCACCCUGCCUGGAGCUGGGGCUGGCAUCUGGUACUUCAUCACACCGAAGUGGGAGAAGCUCACAGAUGCCACGGUGUGGAAAGACGCUGCCACUCAGAUUUUCUUCUCUCUCUCUGCUGCCUGGGGAGGUCUGAUCACUCUUUCUUCUUACAACAAAUUCCACAACAACUGCUACAGGGACACCCUAAUUGUAACCUGCACCAACAGCGCCACCAGCAUCUUCGCUGGCUUUGUCAUCUUCUCUGUCAUCGGCUUCAUGGCCAAUGAGCGCAAGGUCAACAUUGAGAACGUGGCGGACCAAGGCCCAGGCAUUGCAUUUGUGGUUUACCCAGAAGCCUUGACCAGGCUGCCCCUCUCUCCAUUCUGGGCCAUUAUCUUUUUCCUGAUGCUGCUCACUCUCGGGCUGGACACUAUGUUUGCCACCAUCGAGACCAUAGUGACGUCCAUCUCCGAUGAGUUUCCCAAGUACCUGCGCACACACAAGCCAGUCUUCACACUGGGCUGCUGCAUUUGUUUCUUCAUCAUGGGCUUUCCAAUGAUCACUCAGGGUGGAAUUUACAUGUUCCAGCUCGUCGACACGUAUGCUGCCUCCUAUGCCCUGGUCAUCAUUGCCAUCUUCGAGCUGGUGGGGAUCUCCUAUGUGUAUGGCUUGCAAAGAUUCUGUGAAGACAUAGAGAUGAUGAUUGGAUUCCAGCCCAACAUUUUCUGGAAAGUCUGCUGGGCGUUUGUGACCCCGACCAUCCUAACAUUUAUCCUGUGCUUCAGCUUUUACCAGUGGGAACCCAUGACCUACGGCUCUUACCGCUACCCUACGUGGUCCAUGGUGCUGGGGUGGCUCAUGCUGGCCUGUUCUGUGAUCUGGAUCCCAAUUAUGUUUGUGAUAAAAAUGCACCUGGCCCCUGGCAGAUUUAUCGAGAGGCUAAAGUUGGUGUGCUCACCGCAGCCAGACUGGGGUCCAUUCUUAGCUCAACACCGCGGGGAGCGCUACAAGAACAUGAUCGAUCCUCUGGGAACCUCUUCCCUGGGUCUCAAACUGCCAGUCAAGGAUUUGGAACUGGGUACCCAGUGCUAGCCCAGCAUGUGGAAUGGUCCAGACUUUAAUCUGUUUGUCCUCUCUGCUUCCUCCUUUUGCCCAGGUUCCCUCUCAUUCCCCUUCCUCCCAUAUCUUCACUCACAACCAUGCAUGGGUGUGGUAGCAAAGUAGGACCUGGUGCCACAUGCUGUAGUGACAGCCACAGGGACCACUUGAAGUGCUGUUCGUUUGUGUCCCUGGUGUCAGUUUCCGAAAGCGGUGGUCUCCUGAGCACAAUGUCCUCCCCUGGCCCUCAGUUAGCCCUAGGAGGGGUAGAUGGCUUGGUUUCCAGAAGUGUUUCAUCCCUGGGGUGGCAGGCAUAGAAGAGCAGAGUUUCAAGACUGUUAAUUUGGACUUACCAGCAUUGCAAAUCUGAGCUGCAAUAUGCAGGGAUUUCAUUCAGGCUCCCAGAGUUCAGAACAGGGUCCAUUUAGAGGGACGGCAGUGGCCGGAAAUUGUUUUAUGUAUAGGGCAAAGCCGAUGGACUUGGACACUACUGAGGCUGGUGAGUUCCUAUUUCCAGCUGUCAUCACAUCUGUUUCCUCACUUGGAGCAAGGGUACCCCAAACUCAGACGCUCUGCUCCUGCUCCCUGUGGGGCAGGUAAAGUGUCCAUUCUUCGCCCUCAGUCAUCUUUUCUUUCUGUAAUCGCAUUGUGACAUCUUCUGGUCAUUUUUUCUCCUCCCACACAAGAAGCCAUCCUAUGAUUUGUGCCUAAUUUUGUAUGUUCACAGUAGAGCUCCUCUACGGUUUUUGUGUAACAUUUAGUGUUGUGAUUCAGUGCCACAAUCCUUGGUUUCUUCUCCUUUAAGUGUCUUUGUAUAAGCUGUUGACACCUUGUCUUUCAACCUCUGGGACAACAAGAUUUACCCUGGUUCUGACUAUAUAUUAUAUAUGUAAGACACAGACUCUUCGAAGACCAUUUCUCAAUUUAUACUCAACUUUUUCAUUACCAUAAAUGCCAAUUGUGGUCAUAGAGAAUUCAAAGACAUGAAGAAUUUAAUGGAAGGAACCAUAAUAUUCACUGCACUGUAGCACAUCUUAGGUCACCGUGUUUACAGAAAUUUCAGAUAGAUACAGCUUAGGUGAGUAGAGAGUGAUACAGAUAAGACUAUAGCUUUUAAGACUACACUUAGCCAAUUCAGUUGUAAGAGUUUCCUAUUCACAGCGUUCACUGUAACUACGCUCCAAUGAGAGCGAGUCACAUGUCUGCUGAGAUUGGAGAAGCCGUAACCUUUCUUACCUUGUUGUAUUCUGAAGAUGCAUAUAUGAAAUUUUAAAAAUGUGAUAUGUGCUUAUGUAGUGUGUACUCAUAGUGGUGUUUUCUGUCCUUAUAAAUAUCUUAGGAAUCACUAUAGAGACGGUGAGUUUAGAACAAUGUAGUCUGGGCCUUUUUCUUUUCUUGCAGUAUUAAUAUCUAAACUUAAAAUUGUUUCCUUUAGGGGAGACCAUUUUAAUAAUUUUCUUAUUCAUAUGUCUUCACAUUCCAGGUCUCAGGCAAAGUUUUAAGUUCAAAUCUACUAUAUUGAUGUGACAUUUUCAUCUUGCUCAAUAGUGAUGAAACCCAACAACAGGCUUUGGUGUUAACAUUUUAAAAAGAUGACUUCCUUUGUACUGAAGUAUCUGAACUAUUUUUCUGAGUGCUUCCUUUUUUUAGGGCAAAGAGCAUCAGCAUUUGCCAGCAAGACUGUGACUGUCCAGAGUAGCUUGUGAAAGGUGUUGGGGAAAGAAACACAGAUGGGUCUAACUGUGGGUUUUCCCAUCUCCCAUCUCCCAUCUGCAGUAUGUCCGUCCUUUCUCUUCCCGUCCUUCUCCUUUACACCCCACAGCUGGACCUCCCUGACUUUCAGAAACACUGAAUCUCCAGCUUUUCCUAAACUGACUUUCAGGAAGUUGAGGAAUGGCCUUGCCUGUCCAGUAGUUGCUAUCAUGACCUGUCUGUCAUCAAAUUUCCCCAAGAAAGCCAUAUUGAUGAGAGGCCUCCGUUCCCAUACAAGAUGUCACAGAUGAUACCAAAA